GGUCCUUUUCAUCGUCGCGGACCGUGGAACCAUGAACCAUCAUCCAGAACUUUUUUCGAGCUACCAGGGCAUUUUAUUACACGCCAGCAGAGAAACUUAAUACCCGCGCCCGAUCAACUAUCUAUGCAUUCACCCAUUCAAACCUCUUCACGAGAUGACACUUCAACUAUAUAUACUGCCAUUUAAGGACCAUCUAGCAUAAGAGCUUCGAGCAAUACUACUCACAAGAUGCCACUGAUCAUGGAAGACGACCAAUACAUGGAGGAUCUGUUCAAUGAGACCGAAUCAAUUCAGCCUGCGCCCCCCCAUCCCCCACUUAAAGGCCUCGUAAGAAGACUCGAUGAACUUCACACCCGUGGCUGCUGCAGGAAGAUAGAAUGGGCAGCAAAUGGCUGUGUUGCAUCAAUCUCCAAAGAUGGUCGGACAUUUCGCACACAAGCAUUUGCACGCAGUCCAACGGAUGGAAAAUGGAGUCUUCAGGAUGAGAACCAACCACCAUUUCCACCUCUGAAUGAAGACGUCCAGCUAGUUCAUGUGUCAUGGGGCCCGAUUGGUCAGGAUCUGGCCAUCCUUGACUCCUCUGGCCGCAUCAUGAUAUUCAACACGCGGGCUGCUCUUGGGAGAAUGCAGCUGAGUCGAACACCUAAUGGUGAAGUUGAAGACGAACUUGGUUCUAUCGUUGGCAUGUCAUGGUUGCCUAUAUUUCCACAUCAACAGAAGGUGCGCUUUAUUUCUUCGGCAGCUCGUUCUGGAAACAGCUGGCAAUUGCAUUCAAAAGAUCAUCACUGGAACGCACCUCAUAAUUGCGUCGAAAAUAAGGCUGCUUUAGUAUGCUUAACCAAGCUCGGCAACCUACGUUUGUUGUUUCAGCAUCCUGAUGGCAGCUGGGACGAAGUCACCACCGAGCUCGGAACAGAGCAGACCGCGAAAGAUAUCUUUUCCCAUGCGGCAUUUGCCCUUCACGAUGGGAUUCUGCUACUGGCCGCGUAUAAUAUCGCUGGGCGAUUGAAUCUGUAUCGUAUACAGAUCAGAUGGGGAUCAGUUCCCCCGCGGCCACAAAGCUCACACGAACCACUCAGGAACAUGCAACCCCCUAUUCUAGAUGUAACUCCAGUCUUGGCUGAAGAUGACUUUGUGCCAUACGGUCCAGGAAACGAAGAUGAACUGCUACAGACAAGCCACAGGAUGGCUAUACCUGGCCAGCUGACUCAUUUGGAAUUCCUCAAACCUGCACCUGAAACAGAUAAUCAGGAUGUAGAUCCAACAAUAUUCGCCAUCUUUUCGAACAACCCAACGUUCAUGUCACCAAUGGACCAGGGACAGAGCCACCAAAAUCCGACAAGUAUCGUUUGCCGUUGGGCACUUGAAGAAAACUACAAGAACGAACUUCAUUCAAGCUUCACCCAGCUGCCUGUCGUCAAGAAGAAGUCUGCCGAGCCAGAGAAUAUUAUGCGUCUGAAGCGAUUGGCAGAUAUUCUCACAAGCGCCACUGUCCUGGCUUUUAUGCCGCUCUCAUACAACACUGUCGUUGCUUUAUAUCAUUCUGAUGGGUCCAUUGACUUUAGAAACACAACAAGCAUGCAGUCUAUAACGGCUGAAUAUAACACAGACCAUGUCAGCUCUUUGAUGCAGGCAGGAUUCGCGUUUCCACUACAAAGCUCAGCUCUCCAUAUAGCUUUGUCUGCGAGUGUUUGUGUGGCUGCAACUAUGAAUUCCGACAUGGAAGUCAAGACCAAGACCAUGGAAUUUCUCCAUGGUUCUUUAGAUGCUACUGGAGACGACUCCAAGAUCGAAGCUGCUAUGGCGGCACUUGCAUUACAACACACAUCCUCGUCCAGUCAAUACUUCUCUAGCGACGAUAUAUUAUCUCUCGUACCGCAUGACUUGCCAGCAAGCCGUGUAAACUAUCUUCUUCAUCUGCUUUACCGCGGCAUGCACAUGAACACCGACUGCACGAACGUACCGCCCAGCGAUAGCAUAAGUAUGUCAAUUGGCCGCGCUCCUGGAUUUGUGAAAUCUCUGAGUGCGCAAGUCAUUCUUGGAUGCCAUUCAAACAAUCAUCGUUCGCUCGCAGCGACUCUCGCAAACGCCACACUCAACAUUCGACAGUCCUCCAUUGUUCUACUCAUAGUCAUGUCUAUGCACCGGCGAAAGCAGCCGGGCUCGCAACAGUCAGGCCAAACUCCUCUGGAUCCGCUAAUGGCAAAUGGAUUGGUCGGUAUUGCCAAAUGGAUGGUUGACUACACAAUAUUCCUCUGGAGCGAGCUCUGGAUCACCUCACGCCACUUCCUAGACAAUGAACUCACUGUCUCCUCCCUUCAAGCUUACAUGACAUCCCGCAACUCCCCGGCUCUCCUCACCCUCCUCUGCUCCCUGCCACGCGCCCUCCUCCGCGAAUGGCUACGCACGCUCCCCUGGAUGCAGCGCUGCGCCCUCUCCUACACACACCCCAAGUACAACGCCCAACCCCAAAUCCGCCACGCAAUACAAGACCUCGCCGACGCCUUCAGCGACCGCCCGCAAAUCCUCCCCGUCAUCGACGCGCUCCUGAAUGACGUCGAGACCGCAGUCAAGAAGGCGUAUGCCGGCGCAAACACCACCGACGCACAGCAGCGCCAGGCCAUCGAGCAAAACAUGUUUGUCACGGGCGAGGUACCCGAGGUCUUGCUCCCUGCGAUCAGGGAUGUGUUGAUGAAUACGUUUGCGGUCGAGGGCGGGCGCGCCGAGAAGGUCGAUCUGGCGGAUGUGCUGUUUCGCGACUUUGCCUGGCUGGGUCUGGGCAAGUCGGAUGCUACGAGGGGGAGGGCCGCUGUGCUGGAUGUGUUGCGUAAGGUGCCGAUUCCGGCGAAGAAAGGCGUGCAGAUGAGGCGGUGCUCGAGGGGUUGCGCGUAUGCGGCAGACCUGACGACGCAGGAGUUGCAGCAGAUGCAUGCGUUGUGGUAUUUCCAGGUCAGCAAGACUUGCGUCUGUGGGAGUGCGUGGACGGUGGUCGAGCAUCCGGAUCUAGAGGGGAAGAAAUGAUGACUUCUGGUGAUCUUGUGUACUUUUUUUGUAUUUGAGAUUGGGG